AUGUAUUUCGAUCAUCUCGCCGAAGAGCGACAGGAUAGGAACUUCGAGCUAUGGCUACAUGCUUUCCUACAACGAGAACCAGAGCAGCUUGCUAUGCAUCUCGCAAAAAAGCACCGUAAGGGGAAGAUACUAGCAGCCUGUCUAUGGAAGAAUGGCGCCUUCAAUGUUUGUUAUCGUGUCAAAUACGAAGACAGCACCAAUGUUAUUGUUCGGUUUGCUGCCCUCGGGCGAGCUGUCUUCCGCCAGGAAAAAACCGACAAUGAGGUCACGGUUCUUCGAUAUCUACGUCAACAUACCCAGGUCCCAGUUCCGGAGGUAUACGGUACGGGCACAUGCUGGGCAGGGCCAUAUAUUGUUAUGGGUUUCGUUGAGGGAGAUCUGUUGUCUAACGUGCUCAAAGAUCCCCUUAAGAAGGAAGGACGGCCUGUUCUGAACCCACGUAUAAGUGACCGGGCAUUAAAGAUUGCUUAUCGUGAGAUGGCUUACUUAGUGCUCGAGUUAUCAAAGCCACAAUUCUCGUGUAUUGGUGCAUUAGUACAAGAGGGCAAGGACUUUGUUGUUGGUAGACGACCACUUACUUUUAACAUGAACGAGCUAAUCACGUCGGCAAACCUUGCUCCAACAGACGUUCCGACGUCUACUUUCGAAUCCGCAGCAGAUUAUUUCGAGGCUCUUGCUGAACAACAUCUUUCACACCUUCGGAAUCAGCGCAAUAACGCAGUUACUGACGAAGUCGACUGUCAAAAGAAAUUUGUAGCUCGCUGUCUAUUCCGUAAAAUUGUACGGAAUAUUUCAGUAGAGCAUUGCCACGGCCCUUAUCGACUUUACUGUGAUGACUUUCGACCUUCAAAUAUUCUUGUCGAUGUAGAAAGGUUUUGUGUCAAUGCAGUUAUCGAUUGGGAAUUUACUUAUGUAGCUCCGGCGGAAUUUGCUUAUGUUGCGCCUUGGUGGCUUAUGCUACAAAGCCCCGAGGACUGGGAUUCUGACUCUGAUCUUGACGACUUCCUAGCCCGUUACAAACCACGACUUUGCCUCUUUCUUGAUGUUCUACGGUCAUGUGAGGACGAAAAGAUAGCAGAGGGUACGCUCUUGGAUUCUCAGCGACUCGCUGCUCGCAUGGAAGACUCUAUGGAAAGCGGCUUGUUUUGGGUAUGCCUGGCGGCGAGAUAUAGCUCUAUGUUUGAUGAUAUUUACUGGAAUUUUCUUGACAAAAUGUAUCAUGGACCUUUCGGGUCAAUUGAAGAUCGCAUUCAGCUCUUGGAUGAAGAAGAGCGAAAAGAAUUGAGUGGGAUUUUUCAGGUAAAGAUGGAGCAGGCUAGGAAAGGAAUACUUGAUGAGCAUUAUAGUACAGAUACUUUAGUGGAUCUCUAA